CGUGCACACGCACACACGGACGGUGCCGUGAGAUCUUGCGAGCGCUCGCUCGGCAGCAGAGAGAGAAAGAGGGAAACGCGGAGGAGAGCAGCAGCCCCACCGAUCUUCAAGCGAGAGAGAGAGGCAUCGUCUGGAGCACGAGCUGGGCGGGGAAAUAACUGCGGUAUUGAACACAGACUUCAUUGCCGAACUGCAGCAAUUUAUCGGCAGCGCAACUUCGUCCCUAUAAGGCAAAAUGUCAUCGUCGGUAAAAGACAACAGCUCUCAGCAUGCGAAUUACGUGGGACCGUAUCGACUGGAGAAGACGCUUGGCAAAGGACAGACAGGUCUUGUGAAGCUGGGCAUCCACUGUGUCACAUGUCAGAAAGUUGCCAUUAAAAUUGUAAACCGGGAGAAACUCAGUGAGUCGGUAUUGAUGAAGGUGGAGAGAGAAAUAGCUAUUUUGAAACUCAUCGAACACCCACAUGUUUUGAAGUUGCACGACGUCUAUGAAAAUAAGAAAUAUUUAUAUUUGGUUCUAGAGCACGUGUCAGGUGGUGAACUCUUCGACUAUCUGGUAAAGAAGGGCAGAUUAACACCCAAAGAAGCCAGAAAGUUUUUCAGACAGAUCAUCUCAGCGCUGGACUUCUGCCACAGUCACUCUAUAUGCCACAGAGACCUGAAGCCAGAAAACUUGCUGCUGGAUGAGAAAAAUAACAUCAGGAUAGCAGACUUUGGCAUGGCUUCACUACAGGUCGGAGACAGUCUCUUAGAAACCAGUUGUGGAUCGCCUCACUAUGCUUGUCCAGAGGUUAUAAGGGGGGAAAAAUAUGAUGGCAGGAAAGCUGAUGUAUGGAGCUGUGGAGUCAUUCUCUUUGCACUUUUAGUAGGUGCUUUGCCGUUUGACGAUGAUAACCUGAGGAACCUGCUGGAGAAAGUGAAGCUGGGGGUUUUUCAUAUGCCCCAUUUUAUUCCUCCAGACUGUCAGAACCUCUUGAGGGGAAUGAUCGAGGUGGAUGCCACCAAGCGAUUCACGUUAGAACAGAUACAGAAGCACACGUGGUACAUAGGUGGAAAAAACGAGCCAGAACCAGAACAGCCAGUGCCAAGGAAAGUGGCGAUUCGCAUGCUACCCUCCACCGAGGACAUUGACCCAGAUGUGCUGGAAAGCAUGCACUCGCUGGGCUGUUUCAGAGACAAAAACAAACUGAUGAAAGACCUGCUGUCAGACGAUGACAACCAGGAAAAGAUGAUCUACUUCCUUCUGUUGGACCGUAAGGAGAGAUAUCCCAGCCAUGAGGAUCAAAAUCUACCACCCAGAAAUGAAGUUGAUCCUCCAAGGAAGCGAGUGGACUCUCCGCUCUUGACAAGGCACAACAAGAGGAGGCCAGAGCGCAAAUCUAUGGAGGUGCUGAGUGUGACCGAGGGCGGUUCUCCUGUUCCUGUGAGACGAGCCAUUGACAUGGCACAACACGGACAGAGUAAAUCUGUUUUCAGUAAAAGCUUGGAUAUCUCAGAUGCCCACCCCAUACUGCAAAGCAAGGAAGAGAGGUCUCGGUCCAUCAGUGGAGCGUCUUCUGGUCUGUCCACCAGCCCCCUCAGCAGUCCUCGGCCCAUGCGUCGAUUCGCUGUCCCCCCGCAAUCCGCAGAACUCACUUAUUCGCCAAACAACAGCCCCACCCAUGCUCCUGUGUCACGGUUUAACGGCACAGGCCCGCACUCCCCAAAAACCUUUCAACCAAAGACAGGUGCCCUUCAGCCCAACAGCAAAACUCAGACCCUACCAGCCAAGCCCAAAGUUGCAGACAAGCCGCUGCAGGCCACCAGGUCCAACCCACUGCCUCACACAACGGCCACGCCGUCGUCGGCCAAGUCUGAACCUUCUACGCCUUCCACGCCUUGCCAACCCAUCCCUCCCCCAAUACCCAGCAGCCCCAAGGUGCGGCGGCCACCUUUAACGGUGCCACCCAAACUCUCCGUUCCCCUUUCUCCCCUUUCGCCCAUCCGGCUUCACCAUCUUCACCCGCUGGCCGGGACUGACCACAACGGCAAAUCUAUCCCCACCAUACAGGUUACGCCCCACCCCUCCCCCAGGGGUAGCCCGCUGCCGACUCCAAAAGGGACGCCGGUGCACACACCUAAGGAGAGCCCAGCCGGGACCCCCAGCCCCACGCCACCCCCAAGCCCCUCUAUUGGAGGCAUGCCCUGGAGGACACGCCUCAACUCCAUUAAGAACAGCUUCCUUGGCUCGCCACGCUUCCAUCGCAGGAAACUUCAAGUUCCCACACAAGAGGAAAUGUCCAGCCUAACACCAGAGUCUUCCCCUGAGCUUGCCAAAAAAUCUUGGUUUGGAAACUUUAUCAACCUUGAAAAGGAGGAGCAGAUCUUUGUGGUGAUUCGAGACAAGCCUCUGAGCUCCAUAAAAGCAGAUAUUGUUCACGCCUUUCUCUCAAUUCCCAGCCUCAGCCACAGCGUGAUCUCUCAAACGAGUUUCCGGGCGGAAUACAAGUCGUCGGCCGGCCCAACCGUGUUCCAAAAACCAGUGAAGUUCCAGGUGGACAUCACUUACACCGAAAGCACGGCUGCCACCAAGGAGAACGGCAUCUACUCUGUCACUUUCACACUGCUCUCAGGUCCCAGCCGGCGUUUCAAACGGGUGGUGGAGACGAUUCAGGCCCAGUUGUUAAGUUCACAUGACCAGCCUGGUGUUCAGCAGCUGCCUGGCAGCCCAUUGAGUAACUUCUUUGACGUAAUUAAACAGCUCUUUUCAGACGAGAAGAAUGGGCAGGUGUCCCAUCCGCCCGGCACGCCCAAGCAUGUUGCCAACAGCAAGAGACAUGACCCUGAACCUAAUGCCUCCAAAUGUCCAUCUGGCCAAGACAAAGCCAAGGUGGCACCAUCAGUUGGGACACAGGAACAACCUUAAAACCAGGAGAAUUACUAGAUUACAAGUUUUUAAAUAAUACAAAAGAAUCCAGUCGUGGUGAAUACCGAAAGGACUCGUGUCGGCUUUAAGCGUGAAACCUGCAACAAACAUGCCUACAGAGUUUUAUAUCAAAAUAGAAAUAUUGAAGUACUGUAUGUACUGACUUGACACUUUACAAAAGGCGCACCAAAACAUGCACGUCUUUUUUUUAAUCCAAGCAUUUCUCUCCAGUGCUGUUUGCUCGAUGUCUCUUUAUGUUUGUUUUAUGAUGCCUUUAUUUAUUUCUGCUACCAGGACUUAUCCAGAAAACGUGUUAAAGUCCAUGUCCUGCUCUUGCACAAGAUUCAUGUAUGGCACAUUGAUGGAGGGCACAUUACAGUUGACGCUGAGGGAAACUCCUCAUUCUGAUGCAUCUAAACAGAUCCAGAUCCGUUCCAACUUAUUCCUCAACGUGUUUUCCUCUGCAGCUACAAACCACACAUGUCCAAGGAUUUGGAGUGAAGCCUUAAAACCUUAAAAUGAUGAAUUCCUAGUAAGCUAACUCUAUCUUCACCAGCUUUCUGUCUUUUUAUUUGUCCUAUCUCUUCCCCCCUUUCUCUCCCUCACUUAUGCCACAAGUAUUUAUAAACCAGGAUAUUGCUGCAAAGGAUCAGAGUUGGAACUAUGGACAUCAUAAUGCGUUUGAGGAGUUGCCCUUCAGGACUUGUUGGAUUGUAUUCUUUUCAAUGUAGUCUUUCUUUGUGAACUGAAGAAAUGAAACAUUUCAUGGACUUUGUGUCAUUGCUGUACAAGAUUUGGAAAUCUAAUUUGAAAAAUUAUGGGGAGAACAACAUUGCUGUUGGUUGUGGGAUAACAGGGAGGGGGAUCACAGUUAAAAUUAUCUAUUCUGUUGUACAGACUGAAAAUAUUCCUUAUGUACAAAUGUCUAUCAGUGACAUUGCUUAGACGAAUUGUGUUGCAACAUUUUGUUUUCUCCUCAUGUAGCGUUAACGAAAUGUUAGUUUUGAAUGAAAUUACGCUUGUGUAUUCAAGGGUUACUUAUGAUGUCAAUUUUUAUUUAUUUAUUUUUUGUUUGCCUUCGAGAAACAUCUGCGGGAUUCAGAGAACUUUUACCCUAAUUUUUGUAACUUAUUUAUCUGUUAUUGUCUUUUUUAUUUAUUCAGCCGGGGGAUAUUUAUAUAUACAAAACCGGGUGGGGAAGAUUUUAUCGUCAGGGCGACUCGUCAGAUUGUUUAAAGGAUUUGGUGUACGAUAACACUUAUCCGAUUUUGUGAAUGAAGCACUCUUUCCCGGCUUUGACCAGAUAAAAGAGCUUGUAGUAUAUGUUAAAUUAUUUACCGGUAAUUUAAGAAUGUAGACUAGCGUCUUUAGGGUGGGGGGGUGCGAGGGAUAAUGAAGUAUUGAUAUUUGUCGCUCAUCUCAUUGUGCGUGUAUAACAGGUGGACAAGCUCAAAUCACAUGUUGUAAAUAGACAACUUUGAGCAAAUUACUUUCUUAAAAAACAUCAAGGGGAUGUGUUGCUGCUCCUGGCUCGAUCUCUCGUAUUGCAUGUCCGACAUUCGGCUUUAAUUUGCAUGAUGUUGUGGAUGUUAAAUUUCUCUCCCUUCAUCUUUCAUUGACAGAUUUAACAGACUUUCUACUCAAUCCAACCAUACCUUGAGCUUUUAGUUUCGGAUCUCCUUUAUCACGAACGAUUUCCCGCCCCAUUCUCGCUCUUCUCUUAUCAAGCUUUUGUUUUGAGGGGGAAUUCACACACAUGGUCAUUUAUGGGAACAUUCAGCGUGGAAGAAUAAGUGGAGAUGUAAUAAGCAAUACACAUUGUUGUCUUUCCUAUUUUGUACUUUGGGAGAAAAAGGAGCACAGCUGGAUGAUGUAAUGUAUCACAGAUUUGAUUAAUACGGAGCGGGUAAAAUAGACUCGCCGCUGAUGUAUCCCCUUGUAACUACUGUGAACAAAAUCAGUGCAAAGGAAAUAAAUCCAUUGACUUUGGAACGUUG